AUGUCGGGCGCACGAACACGAAAACAGGCAGCUGCUGCAGCAGCUGCUGCUGCUACCGCUGAUGGUGCAGAGCCGCCAAAGACCAAUGGCCACCUCACCACGACGGCCAAGGACGAGGACGACUACCCACACGAGAACAUCUUUGUCUUCUGGCCCAACAUCAUCGGCUAUUCCCGCAUCGUCCUCGCUCUGUCCUCGCUCUACUAUAUGCCGCUUCACCCGCGCACCUGCUCGCUGCUGUACAGUGUCUCGUGUCUGCUCGACGCCCUCGACGGCUAUGCGGCGCGCUACUUUGAGCAGUCGACUCGGUUCGGCGCCGUGCUCGACAUGGUGACCGAUCGAUGCACCACGGCGUGUCUGUUGGUCUUUCUGUCGACGGCGUUUCCGCGUUGGGCCAUCGUGUUUCAGGGCCUCAUUUCGCUGGAUCUGGCCAGCCACUACGUCCACAUGUACGCGACCUUGGCCAUGGGUGGUGCUGAGACGAGUCACAAGUCUGUCGACCGAUCGCGCAGCUGGUUGUUGAACUUGUAUUAUACGAACAAGACCGUCCUUUUCCUCUUCUGCGCCCUCAACGAACUCUUCUUCAUCGCGCUCUACCUCCUGUCGUUCUCGUCGCCGAUCCUAUCGCCUUCGCUGCUCAAGCCGGUGGCCGACCCGUCGACCUUUGACACCGGCGUCCAGGUCAACUCGUCGCUGUUGCGGCAGAUCUUUGCCAACCCGCACAGCGCGGCCGCCCUGGAGAUGGCCCGCGCCAACAAGAUGGACUCGUUCUGGCCCUGGGUCCUGGCUGGCAUCAGCUUCCCCAUCAUGGCCGGUAAACAGCUGCUCAAUGUCGUCCAGCUGGUCAAAGCGUCCCGCUGGUUGGCCGAGGGCGACGUCGCCGCCCGCAGAGCUGCCGGCCUGCCGCGGCGCACAGCCAAGACAACGAAGACCAAGAAGACCAACUAA